AUGCGGGGCUUGAGCUUCCCGUCGUUAUCACUCGACAAGCUCACCACCUCUCAUCUGGGGUUCAUCGCCCAGCGCCGUCUCGCCCGCGGUCUACGCCUCAACCAUACCGAGUCUGUGGCUCUCAUCGCCUCGGUGCUCCAGGAGCUUAUACGCGAUGGCAAGCACAACGUCUCGGAGCUCAUGGGCCUCGGCGCCACCAUGCUUGGACGUAGACACGUCCUGCCCUCUGUGUGCACCACCCUGCAUGAGAUACAGGUCGAAGGGACAUUUCCAACGGGCACGUAUCUGGUCACUGUGCACGACCCCAUCGCCACCGACGAUGGUGACCUGAGGAGGGCGCUCUAUGGCAGUUUCCUGCCCGUCCCUGACCCCGGUAUCUUCCCACCCAUUGUCAAGGAUGACUAUGCGGCGCUCAAGGCCCCCGGUGCGGUCGUCGCAGUCAAGGAUCGCAUCACACUGAAUGAGGGGCGGAGGCGGGUCAGGUUGAGGGUCACGAGCAGAGGAGACCGACCCAUCCAGGUCGGAUCGCACUAUCACUUCACCGAGACCAAUCCGCAGCUCGAGUUUGAUCGGGCCAAAUCAUAUGGUUGCAGGCUGGACAUCCCAGCUGGCACGUCCGUUCGUUUCGAGCCAGGCGACACCAAGACCAUUACGCUCGUCGAGAUUGGCGGGCACAAGGUCAUCAAGGGCGGCAACAGCCUCGCGACGGGGGGCAUGGAGCUCUGGAGGGUGGACGACAUUGUGAAGAAUCUGCAAGCGGCCGGCUUUGCGCACAAACCUGACCCGGCCGCGGAUGCGGCGCUGGUCGAGGCUUUCACCAUGGAGCGCACGGCCUACAAUACCAUGUUCGGCCCUACGACUGGGGACAUUGUCCGCCUGGGGCUGACUGAUCUCUGGGUCAAGGUGGAGAAGGAUCUGACAGUCUACGGCGACGAGUGCAAGUUUGGUGGCGGCAAGACCCUGCGCGAGGGCAUGGGCCAGGCCACCGGUCGUCCGGACGCGGAGACACUGGACCUAGUGGUCGUCAACGCGCUGAUCGUGGACUGGUCGGGCAUCUACAAGGCCGACAUUGGCGUCAAGGACGGCUUGAUUGUGGGCAUUGGCAAGGCUGGCAACCCGGAUGUCAUGGACGGCGUGACCACCAACAUGGUCGUGGGCUCGGGGACAGAUGUCAUUGCUGGCGAGGGCAAGAUCAUCACCGCUGGUGGCAUUGACACGCACAUUCACUUCAUCUGCCCGCAGCAAGCUCAGGAGUCCCUGGCCUCGGGUGUCACCACCAUGCUUGGUGGCGGUGUUGGUCCAAGCGCUGGUACAUCGGCCACCACCUGUACCCCAGGAAAGAACUACACGAAGCUCAUGCUCCAAGCCUGCGACACCUUGCCCCUGAACAUUGGCAUCACGGGCAAGGGCAACGACUCCUCUCCGACGGCGCUGCGCGAGAUGGUCACCGCUGGCGCGUGCGGUCUCAAGCUCCACGAGGACUGGGGCAGCACACCGGCCGCCAUCGACACGUGCCUGUCCGUCUGCGACGAGAUGGACGUCCAGUGCCUCAUCCACACCGACACCCUGAACGAGUCCGGGUUCGUGGAGAGCACCGUCGGCGCCUUCAAGGACCGCACCAUCCACACGUACCACACCGAGGGCGCCGGCGGCGGCCACGCCCCGGACAUCAUCUCCGUCGUCGAGCUCCCCAACGUCCUGCCCUCCUCCACCAACCCCACGCGCCCGUACACGCGCAACACCCUCGACGAGCACCUCGACAUGCUCAUGGUCUGCCAUCACCUCUCCAAAAACAUCCCCGAAGACGUGGCCUUUGCCGAGUCGCGCAUCCGCGCCGAGACCAUCGCCGCCGAGGACGUCCUGCACGACCUCGGCGCCAUCAGCAUGAUGUCCUCCGACUCCCAGGCCAUGGGCCGCUGCGGCGAGGUCAUCCUCCGCACCUGGAACACGGCCCACAAGAACAAGGUCCAGCGCGGCGCCCUCCCGGAGGACGACGGCACCGGCGCGGACAACUUCAGGGUCAAGCGCUACGUGAGCAAGUACACCGUCAACCCGGCCCUCGCCCAGGGUUUCGGCCAUCUCAUCGGCAGCAUCGAGGUGGGCAAGCUGGCGGACCUUGUCGUCUGGGAUCCGGCCUGGUUCGGCACAAAGCCUACCUUGGUGGUCAAGUCGGGCCUCAUCGCCUGUGCGCAAAUGGGCGAUCCGAACGCCUCCAUCCCCACCAUUCAGCCCAUCAUCGCCCGGCCCAUGUAUGCGCCCCUCGUGCCCUCGACGAGCGUCCUCUUCGUGUCCGAGGCGAGCAUCACCUCCGGCGCCAUUGAGAGCUACGGCCUCAAGAGCCGCGUGGAGGCCGUCAAAGGCUGUCGCACGGUCGGCAAGAAGGACAUGAAGUUCAACGAUGUGAUGCCCAAGAUGAAGGUGGACCCGGAGAGCUACACCGUCGAGGCGGACGGCAUGAUCUGCGAGGCGGAGCCGUCCGAGACGUUGCCCCUGACACAAGCGUACUUUGCCUACUGA